ACAAGAACCAUAUGAUCCCAAACUUUACUAUACCGAGCUCAACCAAAUUUUGGUCUUCAGAAAUAACAACCUUCAACGGCACGAUAGGCUAGAUAACCACCCAAUUUUGCUCUCAUUUCUUAUCAAUCAAACAGGGUUUGGACCUGUUUUUGUGUGCUUGAUGGUGAGUUUCAUCCUGUUUCCGAAUUAAUAUCGAAGAUAUGACUGGUUCUUUGAAUUUUUCUCCUAAAUGGGGAAUUUAUAAGAACCAGUUGUACAACAAGCAGUUUGAGAAUGUCGCUUGUACUCGACGAGGCUUGCUUGAAAGUAACAAAUUACAUAUAUUACCUGCCAGUCUCUCAGCGGUUGCAUCUCGACGAGAUUCCUUGAGUAUCAAUCUUUCCGUUCGAUUACAUCAACCAUUAAGCAAUGCUCCUAAUCGAGUUAAUCUAGUUAAGUGUAAUUGCUCACUUAAUCCAGUCCAAGAUUUUGCAACUUCUGCCUUAUCAAGUGGUUUUAAAGGUAGACCUAUCAUACUAAAGCUACUUCCAGCAGUGGGUAUCGUUGUGUUUGCCGUGUGGGGUCUCGGGCCACUAAUACGUCGAACCAGAAACAUAUUUCUUCACAAGAGCGACGGGAGUUGGGGAAAGAGUAAUGCCCAUUAUAUCAUGACUUCUUAUCUUCAACCUUUGUUGCUAUGGACCGGAGCCAUACUUAUCUGCAGAGCGUUGGAUCCGGUUGUCCUGCCAUCAGCGGCUAGCCAGAUUGUAAAAAAUCGGCUUUUAACUUUUGUGAAAUCAUUGUCGACCGUGCUUGCACUUGCUUACUGUUUAUCCAGUGCAAUUCAACAAACGCAAACGUUUUUCACUGAGACCACUGAUUCUACCAAUACAAGAAAUAUGGGAUUCCAAUUUGCUGGCAAAGCUGUAUACACUGCGGUAUGGGUUGCGGCUGUAUCACUGUUCAUGGAGUUGCUCGGUAUUUCUACCCGAAAAUGGCUACCCGCAGGUGGUCUCGGGACUGUCUUGUUGACACUUGCUGGCCGUGAGAUAUUCACAAACUUUCUCUCAAGUGCUAUGAUUCAUGCAACCCGUCCAUUUGUGCCGAAUGAGUGGAUCAAAGCAAAGAUAGGAGGCUAUGAAGUUUCCGGAACUGUAGAGCAUGUUGGGUGGUGGUCACCUACAAUCGUAAGAGGUGAAGAUCGCGAGGCCAUUCAUAUUCCAAACCACAAGUUUACUAUGAAUGUUGUGAGAAAUAUGACUCAGAAGACUCAUUGGCGUAUUAAAACUCAUCUCGCUAUCAGUCAUUUAGAUGUCAGUAAGAUUAAUAUUAUUGUAGCGGAUAUGAGGAAAGUCUUGGCGAAAAAUCCGCAAGUCGAACAACAAAGAUUGCAUCGGAGGGUUUUCCUUGAAAACGUUGACCCUGAAAAUCAGUCACUUUUGAUUCUGGUGUCUUGCUUUGUGAAAACUUCUCAUUUUGAAGAGUACUUAUGUGUAAAGGAGGCUAUCAUGUUGGAUCUUCUGCGAGUGAUUAAUCAUCACCGGGCCCGACUCGCAACACCAAUCCGAACAGUUCAAAAAAUUUACAACAACGACCCCGACCUGGACAGCUACCCCUUUGCAGAUUCAGUCUUCACUCGCGGUAGAGCGCCUUCAAAUCAACCGAUGCUAUUAAUCGAACCCACUUACAACGUCAACGGAGAAGAAAAGUCAAAAGGUCAAAGCAACAAGUCUUCAAUAAAGUCAAACAACAAGGCAGAAGGAAAGACCGGAGGAGGUGCUCCAUCCAACUCUAAAACCGUUGAUAAUAAAACAACUUCUGAUCCAAAAGAUACGAAACCGCCAAACGUGGAUGGAAAACCGUCCAAUAAAGCGGUUGAAAGUGAUGGUGUAACUGACCAAAAGGCGUCACGACCUGCAAUGGAAGAGAAUAUUGUUCUUGGUGUUGCUUUGGAUGGGUCAAAAAGAACUCUUCCUAUUGAAGAGGAUAUGGAUACUGCUUCAGCUCAAGUAAAGGAACUGACCAAAACCGCAAAAGGAUCAUCGUCGUCAGAGAAGGAUAAGAAAGAUGGAAAUACCCAUACCUCUACGACCACCGAUAAGAAGUAAAGCAGCCCAUCAGUCGUUGUAAGUAGGACAGAGGUAAGCCAUAUGUUUGGUUUGCAAAGUAGUUAUAACAUAUUUUAGUACUAUCAACACAUUAGAUGAUUCAUAUGUCAAAUAAAUUAAUUUAUUGUUUUAACUUAUUUCUGUUGUACUAAAGUUACAUUGUAUAUCUUUUAUCAUAUUCGCGUAUCCUAACAAA